AUGGGGGACUCAGGAUCCAGACGAUCAACACUAGUAUCUCGGUUGCCAAUAUUCAGGAGAAGUAUUAGCCGGAGGCACGACUCUCUUCCUUCCUCACCUUCUUCUGGUAAUGGCAUUGGUGUCCACACCUCCUCCCCAACCAGCACUAACUCCAGCUCAGGGAGCACAGGCAAGCGCCGGAGUAUUUUUCGCACUCCUUCCAUCAGCUUCCAUAACAAGAAAGGGAGUGAGCAGAAGUCUGACUCAGCUAGCCAAACCGUCAACAUCUCCAAUGGUGCCCAGUCCUCUCUCAGCACUUUUCAAAAACUGAGCUUAGAGGAACACAUUAAAAGCAGAGGAAGGCAUUCAGUUAGCUUUGGUGGCUCGCGUAGCAAGAAGAUUACAAGGUCUUUGACAGACGAUUUUGAAAAGGGAAAGGAGCCCUCGGCUAAUAAGAAUGUCUUUAUAAAUUGCAUAAGCUCUGGGAAGAAUGAGGGUGAUGAUUCAGGCUUUGCAGAGGAGCAGAGCCGAUGCUCUGUCAAACAGUCCACGCGAAAACUUCUUCCUAAAUCUUUUUCGUCGCACUACAAAUUUUCCAAACCGGUUCCAGAGAGUCAGUCGGUUUCUUCUGUGCAGCAGUCCGGCUGCUCUCUGGAGGUUAGAUCGUACGUGGAAAGUGAACCUGUGAUCACUAAGUCCUCUCCUCUGUGUUCAGCCGAGACGACGGAGUGCGUGGGAAGCUCUUUGCCAUCCCCCCUGCUCUCGGCUGACCUCACGGCUGCCCAGACCCCCUCCGACUUUGUCGCCCUGACGGAGGAUUCUGUUUCGGAGGUUGAUACUCUGCCCAGCAGUGGGACUGGGGCGCCACUCACAGAGGAUUUUGGCCACAAUGUCUCUACCUCUCAGAUCUUCUUUAAUCCUGCUGCUGCUCCUUCAAGGAAAAUGGAUUUUGUAGAAAGUACUGGCUAUUCUGCUGUUGUAUCUCCUGCGAGUCAUGCAAGCUUGUGUAGCCUUGAACCUAAUACCUUAUUCAAAACCUCAGCUGCUAAUCAAACGAAAGUAUUGUUGCAAGGCAAUGAACUACAUAUUAACGAUGCCAGUCACACAGGAGAAAUUAACUCCACAAAUGUGCUUUUAGAAACCUUUGUGUUACAGCAUAGAGAAGAACCAGUGAUACCAUCCCCAAAGGUACAGGGGUUGAGGGAGGAGGGAGAUGAAAGCACGCCAUCCCAGCACACAAGAGAGAGAAUUCCUGGAAUCGAAUCCAAGAUUGUUCCAUGUUCUCAACCUCAGUCAUUUAAAACACAACAGGGUUAUGAAACAAACUGUUCUAAAGUUGAUCUUGCCAAUAGCCUCAGUCCGUAUCGCGAAGGCAGAUUUGUUGAGAAACGACUGAGAUCCUCUUCAGAAGGUACUGCUGGAGGCAGUCGGCUGAUCAUAAAACCAAAGGAUGGAAAUGCAGAAGAGCUUAGCAGCCUACGGAAGCAGAGAGCAAGCUCAUCCUCCUCAAAAAUGAACAGCAUGGAUGUUUUGAAUAACUUGGGUUCCUGUGAGUUGGAUGAAGAUGACCUAAUGCUUGAUUUGGAGUUCCUAGAAGAACAACAUCACCAUCGUUCUGUUUGCCGGGAAGACUCGUACCAGUCAAUUGUCUCAUGUGCUGCUGUAGUACUUACCCCUGUAGAGCCAACAGCGGAUACAAGGAAAAAAGAACAGACCAUAAUGCCUGAUGUCUCUAAACAGUGA